AUGGCUACUUCAUCUUCAAUUCCCAUUCGACCUAUGCUAGGGAUUGAUGUUGGAACCAAAUUCUGCAGAGCAGUCUGCAUGUUCAACCCUUCGAGGUCGAACCGAGAUCUCAUGAAUGGCUUCUUCGAUACGAACCUGCUCACUGCGAUUCGGCUAGAUAAUUCAAGUUCAGAUCACACAAAGGUUGAAAUCGCCUGGUCAACAAAAUUGAAUCGAUGGAUCUGGGGCAAUCAGGUCGAAAAGACAAUUGAGAACUCAGAGAGUCUCGAGAUAUCUGAAGCUGAUAGAAUAUUUCUUAUUAAGCUUGCUCUUGAUGAUGAAUCGAAUGAAUCUAGGGACAUUCGUAAGAAAGUCAUCAGCCAAAUCGACAAGCUUCCAGAGCACCUAGGUAUCAGGACUCCAGACCAGCUCAUGGUUGCAUACUUGAAAUUGUUUCUUGAAGACGCAAUGAGGAACAUUAACUUAGAGUUUAAGAGACUCAUUGAUACAACCCAAAUAUCGCCGGCUCACCUUGACACAAUCAUCACAGUACCUGCAGCAUGGUCUAUUCGCCUGAGACACAAGAUGAUGAAAAUAGCAAGCGAUGCAGGACUACAAAAUAUUCGAUUUCCUGUCGCUGAACCAGAUGCUGCUGCACUUUGUAUGCGAUAUGAUGAGCAACACCGUUUUGGAAACACUCCUGCUUCACAUGGGUCCUCUCUUGUCCUGGAUCUCGGAGCAGGCACAGGGGAUAUUGCUAGCUUCAACAUACAAGGUGGCUCGUUGUCUCACGCUGUAGCGCCAACAGAACAAAGUGCCUACGUACCUAACCAAGCACCAGGUAGUCAUUAUGGCUCUAGUAUGCUGAAUUACCAUUUCGUCAACCUAGUAGAAGGUAUCCUGAAACGCCAGAGAAAAGCCAUAUUGAAGCAAUGGAGAGAAGAGAAAGCCUUCCGAGGCUACCCAGCGAAAGACAUUCCAGAAGAGGAACUAUGGGAAGAAAUCAAAUCCUAUGUCUGGAAGAAGUUUGAGGGAGCAAAAGAAGAUGUAGGAGAAGACUUCGAAGAGCGCUCAGAGGAUCGUUUUGCGAUCAGACUCCACGACAUCCGGGUGCAGCUCCCGCGUAUAACAAGUCCGGUAUUGGUUGCCAAGGGCUCAAUCAUUAGAAGUCUACGAAGGGACGCCAUCAAGACAACGAGGAUGUCGCAGAGUCUUGGAACCGCCUGGGACGAAGAGUAUGAUGCCAGAGAUCACGGGAGCAAUGCAAGAACAGUCAUAGAUCCCUGCGAUGGUGCAGAAGUUGUUGAAGAUUGUAUCACAUGGCUCGUCAGAAAGGUUCCCUUCCAAGCCCUGCCACGUACGUCAGCGCUUGGACUGACAUUAAUAAAGAAUGAAGACCUACAAUACGAUGAGAAACCACGUGUACUGGAGGGAGGCUGGAAAUUGGUACCAACUGAGGGAGUAGAGCUGAUGAGACAGAUAAUAUUCACCUCUAGAACGCAAACACAUGACCACCUAUGUGUCUCAGACCCAAGCAACGGUAAGGAGAAGUUCCAUAUCGGAGUGACAAGUCAUUUGACAAGCAUUCAAACAGAUAUCGUUCCGGCUGGCUUCAUUGAUCUUUAUCUGACCGAGAAAGAGCGUAGGCUUUUUCCAAUCUGGCACAAUGAUGAGGGUGAAGAAUGGCACGAGCUCGAGUAUCGAAUCCGUGUCACGUUUGAGGAAUCGGUGGUAAGAUAUGAAUUCAUCGUUCCACGGCACGGCAAAGCAUGCACGCCAGCGGAUUGGGAAACGAAUGUGUUCAUACGAUCUGCCGUUCUCGAAACGGAUACAGUCUUCGCGUGGGGCGAACAAAGCUUCGACGAGACUCCAAAUGGAUCUGACUCCAAGUUCAAGCCCCAGGCACCACGACGAGGACACGAGGAACGACGCUUUCGGGCACCGAACAUGGUCAGAGUCGAGCCGAUGGACGAGGAGUAA